AUGGCAGGGGACACGGAAUUCAAGAGCUGGGGCUACACACAGAUCAAUGUUCAGAAACUCUGCUAUAAGUGGACCAUUAGCAACUUUUCAUUUAGCAUGGGGGGAAUUCAGAAAAGGGUUACAAGCCCAGUGUUCUCAUUAGAGGCCAAUGAGGCACUGUCAUGGUGUUUGAGGGUGUACCCAAAUGGCGUUGAUGAAGAAAGCAAAGAUUACCUGUCAGUUUACCUGGAGUUGCUCAGCUAUCUGGAGAAACCAGUUAGGGCAAAGUUUGAGUUCUGGAUCAUAAAUUCUGAAGGAGAGAAAUAUCAAAGUAGGAAGGGCUCCAAAGUCGAAAGCUUUCUGCAAUAUGAACACAGGGGAUUCAAAAAGUUUCUCCUUCGAGGUCUCCUCCUCUGCCAUCAGGACUGGUUUCUCCCUGAAGACCAGCUCACCAUAUGCUGCAAGGUGAGCAUUGUUGGAAACAUAUUUCACAUGCCUGGACAGAACCUGACACCUACAAUCAAGGAUCCAAGGCACCUGUUGACAGAUGAUGUAUGGGAGCUAUGGGAGAAUUCCCUCUUCACAGAUUGCUGCCUGUUGGUAGCUGGCCAUGAAUUCAAGGCUCACAAGGCCAUCCUAGCAGCUCGAUCUCCAGUUUUCAGGGCGAUGUUUGAACAUGAAAUGAAGGAGACUCUAAAGAACCCCAUUGAGAUCCAUAAC